GAUCCAAGGCAUCCCUUCCUAACCACGUUAUUGCCUGCUGGAGGCUGCUGCAGAAGGAAGCAGAGAUGAUCUCCUUCAAGCAACUGCCCCUGGAAGCAAAGGCAGCAGUGGCUGCAGGAGUGGUUUUCUUCUCCACGAUGCUCUCCCGGAGCUACCUGGCAGAAAAACUGGAUCUGAGGAUGCGGCGUUGGCUUUUAAGGCUGCAGAUGGCACUCUUUGCCAAUGCACUCAUGUUGAUAGGAUCUCUUCAUGUCUGGAGAAGCACUGUCACCACCUUCUCCAGGUCUUCAGCUGCCAGCUCCUUCUGUUUCGUGCCGUGGAAAAUAGCUGUGUUCAUGUUUCUAGCUCUGGCUCACUCAAGCUUCUUUACGUUGCUGUUUCUUGUUGCAGAAGAGCCCUAUUUCUUUUCUUUAGCUGCCUACACUUGCCUGGGGGCCUAUAUCAUUCUUAUCUUCUUCCUCUUCACCUUAGGCUCUGUAGAGCAGGCUUACAAGUUCUUGGCUGGGAGAGGCACUAAGGCAGCAGCUGGCAGCAAGAACAGAACAGCGAUGAAACCGGUUCUGGCAGUCGUGCUGACUGUCGUGCUGACUGUUGUGGGGCUGUUCAACGCCUCCCAGCCUCCCACUGUGAAUUCAGUGGAGAUUCCUGUUCACAAGCUGCCCCCGACGAUGAACAAUCUGAAGGUGGUGUUGCUUUCAGAUAUCCACCUGGGGCCGACGGUUGGGAAGACCAAGCUUGCCAUGAUCGUGAGGAUGGUUCAGGCUUUAAAACCAGACCUCACCGUGAUCGUGGGGGACCUGACCGACUCGGAGGCGCAGAUCAUCCGACCUGCUGUUGAGCCUCUUGGAGAGCUGAACUCCCCUUUGGGGACUUACUUCGUCACGGGAAACCACGAGUACUACACCUCGGAUGUUAGCAACUGGUUUGAGCUGCUGAAAUCCUUCCACAUUCGGCCUCUCCACAACGAGAACGUGAGGAUCGCCUCCCCGGCCAGCUCUGCUGACUGGUUCUGCCUGGCUGGUGUGGAUGACAUCGAAGCAGACGUCUUACGCUACUCAGGACAUGGCAUGGACUUAAAAAAAGCUCUCCAGGGCUGCAGCAGCGAGCGUGCCAUCGUGCUGCUCGCUCACCAGCCCAUUGCUGCCAAGUGGGCCCUUCAGGAGAGACCAGACAUUAAUCUCAUCCUCUCCGGCCACACUCACGGAGGGCAGAUGUUCCCUCUAAACGCUGGGGCUUAUCUGCUGAAACCCUUCUUUGUGGGCCUGUACAGAGUUGGGCAGAACACCUUCGUCUACGUCAGCCCGGGGACGAUGUAUUUUGGAAUACCCAUGAGGCUGGGCAGCAGGGCUGAGAUAACAGAGAUCAUUCUGCGUUCUCCUUGA